AUGGAAUAUUGUGAGAGGAAUUCAUUGAGAAAAGUACUUCCUGAUCCCAAAAUUCUUUACAACACAAAAACUGUUUACGUUUGGACGGAACAACUCUUUUCCGUUUUGAAAUGCCUUGAUGAGCAUCAAGUCGUUCAUCGAGAUCUGAAACCAGAGAAUGUAAUGGCCACUUAUAAUUUCAUCUUGAAAGUCGGUGACUUUGGUCUGGCGACAUCUCUAAGCGAUCUUUAUGCUGUUGGGCUAAUAAUUUGGGAAAUCAUCGAGAGAACCCGUGUCUAUCCCCAAUUUGCUGCCAGUCCAUCGGGUAUUGGCGCUUUUUUGUUGAAUAUGGAGAAAGGGGAAAUUCGAGUUCCUGUUCCGGAUUGUGAUGAAAAAUUAAAGGGGAUGGUCAGAAGUUGUACUGAAAUAAAUCCAACGGAAAGAAUACCUAUUCAAGAAGUUUAUCCGAAAGUUGUGGCUGCUAAUAAGACCAUCACCAAAUACGACUUCACACCAAUGGCCAAAGAGAAUCAAACGAUUUUGAUGAAACCAAAAGAUGUGGAUGAACUACUUGACAAAGAGUUCCUAGUUAAAAUGUCAAGCAAGUUAGAGACUGAAAUUUCUUUUCAAGAAAACUCUGUAGAAGUAUUGACCAGCAAUUCAUCCAAUUCAUUACCAUCCGAUCCAAAUCCUCUUUCAAAAGGACAAAGUUGGGUGAGAUAUCCAGCAAAAGGAGUGGAUCCAGUGAAAAAAACGAAUAUUAUUCAUCAACAACUUGUGAAAGAACAAUUGAAAGCAAAGGAAGAUGAUGUGGUUGAAGUUGGUGAGGAGAUGGUAUCUAAAACUGGUACAAGUUCAAGUGAUGUAGAUAAUGUAGAAGAUGGGAAU